AUGGUAUCUACCAAACCUAUCAUUGAGGGAUUCAGUGAGCUGGAAGUAUUUGCACUCGGGACUGCUCUAUUACUUGAAGCUCUCCUUGGACUACUCCUGAAUGUGAUAACGAUUUUAUCCUUUUACAAGAUAAAGGAAAUCCAGACACCAAGCAAUCUCUUAAUAGCCAGCUUGGCUGUAUCAGACACUGGCAUCUGCUUGAAUGCAUUUGUAGCUGCUUUCUCAAGCUUUCUAAGGUAUUGGCCUUAUGGAUCUGAAGGUUGCCAGACUCACGGUUUCCAAGGAUUUUUGACAUCCCUCGCCAGUAUUAAUGCAUGUGCUGCCAUUGCUUGGGACAGGUACCACCUAAAUUGCAGCAGAUCAAGAUUACAAUGGAGCAGUACCGUGACUAUUUUGGCAAUUAUCUGGGGAUUUGCUGGAUUCUGGGCUUCUAUGCCCUUAUUUGGAUGGGGUGAAUAUGAUUACGAACCAUUAAGAACUUGCUGCACCCUGGACUACUCUAAAGGUGACAGAACAUUUGUCUCAUUCUUCAUCUCGGUGGCAUUUUUUGAAUUUGUCUUCCCACUUUUCAUCUUGGUAACUUCUUACCAAUCUUGUGCCAAUAAAUUCAAGAAAACUGGACAAGUCAAGUUUAAUACUGGAUUACCUUUUAAGACUCUUUUAAUAUGCUGGGGACCAUAUAGCCUGCUGUGCAUGUAUGCUGUCAUGGAAAAUGUUACUGUAUUGUCUCCAAAACUAAGAAUGCUUCCUGCCAUUCUUGCAAAAACAUCACCUAUAGCCAAUGCUUUUGUCUAUGCUCUUGGAAAUCCAAACUACAGAGGAGGAAUCUGGUCCUUCUUAACAGGAGAGAAAACUGGAUCCAUUGAAAUGGAUGGGAAGCUUAAAUAA